GAUUCCUAUUGGUAUUUUGAAAAAACUCUAAGUUCACCAACUUCUUCACGAGUCAGUCCAUGGAAUUUGAAAGUAGUCACUGUGCGCGCAGAAGCAGCUCGUCUUUUGGGUCUCUUUGAACGAGUAUCUGAUUCAUUCCUUGAUCAAACGCUUGAUAAGAAACUGUUAAAUACAAUGCGUUUCACGAAAGAAAGUGACAGGGAUUCUCGUAAAGCUUUCCAUAAAUCACAACAAAAAGUAUCUUCACAAUGGUCGACUGGUAAAAAAUUAGGCGAAGAUAUUCCUGCUGAAAAAAUUGAAGAAGAACAAACGAGUAUGAUUUCAAUAGGAGCUUGUGGAGCUUUUGUUACCGCUCUUGAAGAUGAAUUUAUGGUUGUUCGACAAGCUGGAGUUUACUCUUUGGGAAAAUUGGCAGCAGAUCGGCCAUUCUUCGCUGCAGAUGCUAUUGAUCAUCUUGCUGAUAUGUUCAAUGAUGAAAUUGAGGAGGUUCGUCUUGAUGCGGUUCGAGCUCUUACCCCACUUGUGGUUCACGGAGUCCUUCAAAAGGAACAGCUGGACACAAUUUUAACUGUUCUUGACGAUGCUUUACCAGAUAGCAGGGAAGCUUUGCGUAUAUUGUUGGGGAAGUCGACUCUUGCAUCUGUGGAAUGUCUUCGAUUUUGCGUUGAGGCUCUUUUGAACUGUUUGCGUAGAUUUCCUAUCGACAGAUCUUCUAUAUAUUUGUUAAUCUUUUUCUGCUGCCGUAAUAUUUCAAGAAUAUUUAGGUGUCUGAGCCAGUUGGGACGUCGGCAUGCAUCAUUCGUUCAGUCUAUGGUUUAUGAUUUGCUAGAGUUAAAUCCAGUGUUCGAUAUAACUGAAAGAUCAUUGGAAGAUUAUAUGUAUUUGGCUAAACUAAUUUUUAUUUUAAAUGCGGCAAGUAUACAUGAACCGAUUUGUUCAUUGCUACCAGAAUUUGCUGUUCGGCACUAUCGUUAUUUACGUUGUUCGAUGUCUAAUCUUGUUCCUGACGUUCCAACGUUUUCGACACAAGACUCUAUCAAUGGUGUAUUAUUGCGUAGUCCCAUGGACGAUAAUAAGGAAACUCGUACUCUUCUUGAAAGAAGCUAUGAAGUAAUGCUUGAAGCAUCUAUGGCUGAGUCCUAUGAACAGCGAAUGGUUCUUCAAAAAUUCAUUUUAAAAGAUCUCGUUAUUUUAUAUGAAGCUAACGAAAAAAUUGCAAGCACAGCUCGAUUCCUUUCAAAAUUGAUGCAUUGCUUCACCUGUCAUGAUUUGAUCAUCCAGAUGAUAACUUUUGGUGGUGACUUAUUGACUACUUUAAGCGUAAUUGAAGAGGGACUUUUAAUCAUUGAUUACGCGGAGAAUGAAUUCCAUUCAGUGGACAAUGUAGUUUUAAGUUCUUUGGCCGAAUGUGCGUUUAGACUACGAAUUCUGCGUUUUGCAUUACAACUGGAAAGGAAACCCAGUUUGUACCAAAAUGCAGUUGAUGCAUUCGCUGUGGAAAUAGAUUUCUUGAAAAGGCGUUUAAGUUUUUUGGAGACAACGCCAUCUAAAUCAAUCAUGAAACUGAUUGAUGAGAUUAUGGAACAAAUUGAAUAUUCAGAAACAAAAAAAUUUGUCACUUGUCCGGGUCUAACCAGUCUUUUACAGACCAAAGUAUUGCAUCUUCCUCAUCAGUUUCCAUCUCUUGGAAAAAUUUUUAUGAAGUGGGCUGAGAUGGUCGAACCAUGUGAAACUCCAAGUGAACCGAUACGAUUUAUAGCCGGCCUACCUUUGGCUAUCCCUUUGAAUAUACUUUUACAUAAUUUUAAUGAGAGUGAUUUGCGAAAUUUUCGAAUUAAGGUGGAUUAUCCAGAUCAAACUUCAAAUUUGUUCCGUCCUCGUCAAAGUGAUUUCAAAGAAAUCUCUUCGCAGAAAGUUCGUUUGUUAUGUAAAGUGCUAGUGCAGAGCAGUGCGUGGUCUGAUGCUGCUCGUGUUCGCCUUUCAUGUGUUUUGAUCUUACCUGAUCGACCAUUUAUUCAUCUUAUGCAAGAUAAUUCUCAGUUUGAUAUAAAAGAUACGCAGACUCGUUGUAUCUCAAUAUCAGUAUCACCACAUUCCACUAAAGAAUCUUCUAUUGAUAUACCAGUUUAUCCAAUGUUCGGUAAAGCUUGGUAA